GGAAGGAGGGAGGAGGGAGGAGGAAGCUGGGACAGCGAGGGGGGAGGAGGAGAGAGCAGCAUCUCUAUCUUUCUUUGCAGACCACGCUGCUAAACAGCCAGGGGAGGCUCAUGCUUCCCUAAUAUCCAUCACUGCCUGCUUCCAACGUGGUCACAGACAGAGCAACAAAGAGGGUCUCAGAGAUGGGAAAUUCUUAUGCUGGUCAGCUCAAGACAACAAGGUUUGAAGAAGUGUUGCAUAAUUCUAUCGAGGCCUCUCUGCGCUCAAAUAACUUAGUUCCCAGACCAAUCUUUUCUCAGUUGUAUUUGGAAGCAGAACAGCAACUGUCAUCACUGGAAGCAGGCAGCAGAGCAGAUAAUGAGGAAGAGGAAGAAGAAGAGGAGGAAGAAGGCUCAGAAUCAAGUAGUCCUGUUUCUUACCAGAUGAAGCCUCCUCCAGAAGGAUGUUGCACUACUGAUGGUUUCUGCCAGGCUGGUAAAGAUUUGAGACUGGUUUCAAUUUCCAAUGAACAUAUCGAGGUACCAUCAGGGUUUUUACUUGUUGGUGCAAAGUCACCAAAUUUACCUGAUCACCUUUUAGUGUGUGCUGUGGAUAAAAGAUUCCUGCCAGAUGACAAUGGGCGCAAUGCCCUGUUGGGCUUCUCUGGCAAUUGUGUUGGCUGUGGCAAGAAAGGUUUCUGCUACUUUACAGAAUUCUCAAAUCAUAUUAAUCUUAAACUGACCACUCAGCCCAAGAAACAGAAACACUUAAAGUAUUAUCUGGUCAGGAAUGCACAGGGAGCUCUGACCAAAGGAUCUGUAAUCUGCUGGAAAGGAGCAGAGUUCAGAGGCCGACAGUCUUCUUCCAGCACCUGUUCGAGCACAUUGUUCCAGCUGCCAGAAAGUUCAGGCCUCUCUGGAAGUAUGUCAAGUGAGCCUCUCCCAGCAGCAAAUCCAAAUACUCCAGCUGGGACGCAACAAACAGCUGCAGGCAUAGAUCAUAUUCCUUCAACAGCAGCAUUCAGCUCCGCAGUGUAUAAUGGCAAGGAAUCUCCUAAACAACAGUUGGCGAAAAAUAACCUAUCUGCUUUGACAAGACCAUCGGUGCUAGGCACGUUAACAAAUUCAGGGCCUCCAAAAAAGCGCCAUAAAGGUUGGUCACCAGAAUCUCCAUCAUCUACUGAAACUUGGAACUUGCAGCUCAACCCACAAGUUCCAAAUAGAAUUAAAAAUGAUGGAGGAAGCCUAUCAUCUCUACCACAUUCUGCUUUGGUGGGGCCAGCCUCAUCUCCGAUGGUGGGCUCAGGAGAACCGGUCUCAGUUCCUGACAACUUGCUGAAAAUCUGUAAAGCAAAGCCAGUUAUUUUUAAAGGUCAUGGAAACUUCCCAUAUCUUUGCGGGAACAUUAAUGAUGUGAUAGUGAGUCCUUUGCUGUACACCUGUUACAGAAAUUCACAGUCUCUAUCUAGAGCAUAUGAACAAUAUGGUGCAUCCACAAUACAGCCUAUUUCAGAGGAAAUGCAGCUCUUGCUGACUGUCUACUACCUUGUUCAGCUAGCCUCAGACCAGGUCCCUCUGAUUGAAGAUUUGGAACAAAUAUUCAUGCGUUCAUGGCGGGAAUCUCACCUAUCUGAAAUCCGGCAGUACCAACAGGCAAUUCCACAGAGCUUUCCUCAAGUGCCCAGCCAGAUCGCACCAGUGACCUCAGCCCAGCUUCCCUGGCUGGCAGGCCUGGCAGCUAGCUCCUGUAAUGACAGCGUCCACAUCAUUGAGUGCAGCUACUCUCUGGCUGAAGGGCUUUCAGAAAUGUUUAAGCUGCUCAUUGAAGGAAAAUUAAUAAAGACAAACUACGUGGUGAUCAUAUGUGCUGGUAGAAAUCGAGCCAUUGAUUCCUGCAUUGUGAUAACAGGAAAGUAUCAGGCAAGAAUCCUGUCUGAGGGCAUGCUUACUCCUUCAGACUACCAAAAAGAAGUUAACUAUCAGCUGGUCACAGGGAAAGUAGAAACUCUGGGGUCCUUCUUUAGCACCCUCUGCCCAGAGGGUGACAUUGAUCUUUUGCUGGAGAAGUUUUAUCAGGAAAACCAAGGGCACAUCUCUUCAUCACUGUCUGCUUCAGUGAAUAAAUCAACAGCGCUGAAUGGAACUGGAGCAGCUGUGUGUACAAGUUAUGAGAUUGAACGGCAUCAGAUUCGUCCAUUCCAGCUAGCAGUGGCUCAGAAACUGCUGUCUCAUAUUUGCUCAAUUGCUGACUCCAGCACUCAAAAUCUUGAUUUGGGUUCCUUCGAGAAAAUUGAUUUCUUGAUUUGUGUUCCACCCUCUGAAGUGACUUAUCAGCAGACUUUGUUUCAUCUCUGGCACUCAGGUAUUUUAUUAGAACUUGGAUUAGAAAAGGAGCAUCUUACAAAACAGAGGGUAGAACAGUAUGUUAUGAAACUAGAUGCAGACGCCCAGAUUAAGUUCAAAGUCUUUUUACAAAACUCUAUGCAGAAUCCACACACGCUGUUUGUCUUAAUCCAUGAUCACGCACACUGGGAUCUAAUGAGUGCUAUGCAUAGCCUUUAUCCUCAAACAGAACUGUCUACAGGACUUGUCGAUAGACUGUUGAACUGCAGGGAGGUGAAAGAGGCGCCAAAUAUUGUGACACUCCAUGUAACUUCCUUCCCCUAUGCGCUCCAGACGCAGCAUACUCAUAUCAGCCCUUACAAUGAGAUCCACUGGCCUUCUUCAUACAGCAAUGGUGUAGAUUUAUAUCAUGAGAACAAGAAAUACUUUGGACUGUCAGAAUUCAUUGAAUCCACUCUAUCUGGCCAUAGUAUUCCACUGCUUCGGUACGACAGCUCUUUCGAAGCAAUGGUCAUGGCUUUGGGAAAGAGGUUUCCCAGAUUACACAGUGCAGUGAUAAGGACUUUUGUCCUCAUACAACACUACUCUGCAGCUAUGAUGGCAGUGUGUGGUCUUUCUCAGAUGAAGAAUUACACCUCAGUUGAAACUCUGGAAAUCACCCAAAACCUAAUAAACUCUUCAAGACAAUGUCCUAGUGGUCAUGGCCUCAUGGUAGUGUUGAGAAUUCCAUGUACCCCGCUGGCUGCAGUGGCAUAUGAACGUCUGUAUAAUGUAAGGGAAAGACUAGCCCUUGAAGAUAACUUUGAAAUAAUCUUGGGAAAUCCUAAUUCUGGAAUCACAAUAGGGAAGCACUUUGUGGAGCAACUAAAGGUCUGGCAGAAAAUUGAAGAUGUAGAUUGGAGGCCACAGACCUAUUUGGAGUUGGAGGGUUUGCCUUGUAUAUUAAUAUUUAGUGGUAUGGAUCCACAGGGGGAGUCUUUGCCACGAUCACUGAGAUACUGUGACCUACGUUUAAUAAAUUCAUCUUCUUUGGUAAGGACAACCUUGGAGCAAGAACUUGGUUUGGCAGCAUACUUUGUGAGCUCAGAAGUUCACACAGAGAAAGCAGUUAUGAACGAUGUGUUAGAAAGUGACCCAGAGAAACUAAGCAGCACUGAUAACGAAGAUGAAGAAAUAGCAACAGAAGGUUCUACUUCAGAAAAGAGAAGUCCUAUGAAAAGAGAAAGAUCUCAUUCCCAUGACUCUGCAUCUUCAUCUCUCUCUUCAAAGGCUUCCAUUACAGCAUUCUGCAGUGAGUCAUCACCUCCUUUCGUAACAGCAGGAGAUACAGCCAAAUCCCCCCACCUAAGCAACAGCACUGAAGAAACUACAAACAACCAUGAAAGGCAGAAGCAGAAGGUAGACAAGGGGGCACAAACAACAGUCAGCAAACACUUAUCACCAGUAACAGAACAACUGGAUACAAAACAGAACAUAAAAAGUGCCCAAGUUUCCAUCACCUCCUCAUCCUCUUCACCUUUUUCCUCCUCCUCCUCCUUCUCUGCGCCUACUCACAACUCCUUCAUCCUACAGACCUCUCAAUGCUCCAUGACCAAAGCAUCAAAACAGCCUCCCAUAGUUUUCUUGCCCAAACUGGUUUAUGAUAUUAUUACCUCUACGGACAGCAGCGGACUUCCCAAAUCAUCUUCCCUUUUACCUUAUCAUUCUGUUAUGUGGGCAAGUUCUUUUCGUCCUCUUAUGAGUAAGAUGAUGACUUGCACGGAGCAAUCUCUAUACUACCGCCAAUGGACGGUGCCCAAGCCAACCCAUAUGGACUACAAUAAUAGGAAUGAGGGCAGAAUGGACACCUUUCACCCAAGGAGGCUGCUGCUGAGUGGGCCACCACAGAACAUAGCAAGUGGAAACAAGGAGAAGAGCCAGCACCAUUUGACCAGCUGUCUGUGGACCAUCAGCAUAUUUUCUAUGAAUCACUACUGGUUUGCAGACCACAGUCUGAAAACCACUGCUGUGAUAGGGAAAACGGGUGCCUAUCUGCAGUUCCUCAGUAUUUUGUCCAGAAUGCUGAUCAGACUGACAGAAGUGGAUGUCUAUGAUGAGGAAGAAAUCAACAUUAACUUAAAAGAAGAAUCUGAUCAAUGCUACCAUCAACCUGGAGAUGCAUGGCCAGAUCUGGAGACAUUUAAGAAGAUCCCUUUCAACUACACUAUCCAUGACCCUAAAUAUGAAGAUGCAAGUCUGAUUUGUUCCAAGCUUCAGACAAUAAACAGUGAAGAUAGAUCAAUGAGCAGGAGACAGGAGGAUAUGUAUACACGUCGUCAAACAACUAGAAUGAGAUUAUCCAAGUAUGCAGCAUAUAACACCUAUCAUCACUGUGAACAGUGCCAUCAGUAUAUGGGUUUCAAUCCCAGGUACCAGCUUUAUGAAUCUACUCUGCAUGCAUUUGCCUUUUCCUAUUCCAUGCUGGGAGAAGAGAUCCAGCUGCAUUUUAUCAUUCCAAAGUCAAAGGAACAUCAUUUUGUCUUUAGCCAACCAGGAAGACAAUUGGAAAGCAUGCGGCUACCACUAGUCACAGAUAAGAAUGAAGAUUACAUAAAAAGCCCCACUUUUACUCCCACCACUGGGCGUCAUGAACAUGGACUUUUCAAUUUAUACCAUGCAAUGGAUGGAGCCAGUCAUUUGCACGUUUUAGUUGUCAAGGAAUAUGAAAUGGCUAUAUAUAAGAAGUACUGGCCCAACCACAUCAUGCUUGUUCUUCCAAGCAUUUUCAACAGUGCAGGAGUAGGUGCUGCACACUUCCUGAUAAAAGAGUUGUCUUAUCAUAACUUGGAGCUAGAACGAAAUCGGCAGGAGGAGCUGGGGAUAAAACCCCAGGAUAUUUGGCCUUUCAUUGUCAUUUCAGAUGACUCCUGUGUUAUGUGGAAUGCAGUAGAAGUUGAUUGUUCAGGAGACAGGAAAAGUGACUAUACAUGGACUGAAAGGAAUGUUUCCUUGAAGCAAAUUCUGCAACGUAUUGAAGCAACCCCCAAUGUCACUCACUAUGCCUUAAUUGGGAUGAGAAAAUGGUCUAGUAAAGCAAACAGUACUGAGUUCAAGGAGCCAUUCUCCUGUUGCCAUGUACAUGAUUUCAUUAUGCUAAAUGUUGAUCUGACACAGAAUGUACAGUACAAUCAGAACAGGUUUACGUGUGAUGAUGUUGACUUCAACUUGCGUGUCCACAGUGCGGGCCUUCUCAUCUGUCGGUUCAAUCACUUCAGUGUCAUGAAGAAGCAAAUUGCAGUAGGAGGACAGAGAUCCUUCCACAUUAAAUCUAAGGUGUCUGACACUCCAGUUUCAAUCUCACCUGCUCAGUACAUUUGUGCCCCUGACAGCAAGCAUACCUUCUUGGCAGCACCUGCUCAGUUGCUUCUUGAAAAAUACCUCCAGUAUCACAGCCAUCGCUUCUUCCCCCUCUCACUGAAGAAUUACAGUCAUCCAGUGCUAUCUGUGGACUGUUACCUUAACUUAGGACCACAGAUUGCAGUUUGCUAUGUGAGUUCUCGGCCUCACUCUCUGAAUAUCAGUUCCUCUGGUUUGACAUUCAGUGGUCUCUUGCUGUACCUCUGUGAUUCCUUUGUUGUAGCUAGCUUUUUGAAGAAGUUUCAUUUUCUUAAAGGUGCCACCCUGUGUGUUAUUUGUCAAGAUCGCAAUUCUCUUCGCCAGACUGUUGUCCGGCUAGAGCUGGAAGAUGAGUGGCAGUUCCGACUGAGGGAUGAAUUCCAGACUGCCAAUGCAAAAGAGGACAGACCACUUUUCUUCCUGACCGGACGACAUAUUUAAUAGGAAUUAGACAAGUUUUCUAUAUAACUAGGAAAAAAUUAAUGACAAGAGACUAAUUGCCACCAUCUCACAAGAUGACUUCUGAGAGGCUCUGCUUUCUUAGGAAAAACAGGACUGUUUGAUGACAUUGCUUAUUAGAAUCAAUCAAUUUAUCCUCUUAUAUCCAAGUACUAUAAGUGACUCUUCUUUCAAAUGUCUGAUGGAAGUAAUUCUUGAUUCCUGGGAAAGAUGCAGAAAGUUAUCAUUGCAUGUGGCAGAAAUUAUUUUGGAUCAGAAAGAAGGUCAAUGAAUGCAUUUAUUCUGUGGCAAAAAAUCAACACAAACAAGUUUAUAAGCAAGAGUUUUAGAAAACUUUUUGUACAUUCCCAAAAUAGGAAAUGAAAAACUAGGUACAGAUUUUGUUUUAUGAGUCUUAUUUAUCUAACAGUUGGCACAAAGCAACAGGUUAUUGUUAGUCUUGUAGUAUAUUGCUACUGAUUGAUCCAGGUAGGUUUUUUAUAUGAAGUAAAGUCUAUGUAAAGUAUAACUCUUAAAAAAUAGGAAACCCAUUGGAGCCUUAAUUUUUGAACAGGUACCGUACUGGACAGUUUUACCAUAGAGGAAUUGUGGGUUGAAAUCAUAAAUAUAUGUCUGAUUUUAUUAGCUUAAAGAAGAGUCAAGAAAAUAGACUUAAUAGUGAGAUCUGAACAAUUAAACCUGAAAAUGAAAUUACCUGACACAACUGAGAAUACCAAACGGUGAGACUGACCUGCAAGUGACUUUUUACACCUAAAACGAUGGUGUUUUUUGGCCUCUGACUGAACUGUUGCACUGACUACAGACUUCAAGCUGGGCCCAGUGCAGUCAAAACAGAGAAGAGAUGGUUCUGAAACCAUCCCAAUACACUUUCUGGGGAUAUUUUCUUGCCAAGGUGCUUCAAAAAAGUGAGAAAAUAGAGACUGUGACUCAGAGGAAUUUAGGUGGCAAUCUAAAGACAUGUUCUAGAAAGGCAUGAGGCAUCAUGGUAUUUUGUACACUCUAAAUGUGAAGUCAGUGAUCACAGUCCUUGUUUAGAUUUUUGGAAAUGUUCUCUGAGUUUUGGACAUCAUUUUUGUCUUUACGGAAUCAGUGUUUACUUUGCUCAGUCUGAGUGCAGGAAGGAUGAGUGUAGACAUUGCCAGAAGGUGUGUAAUAUUUGGGCAAUAUUUCUUGCUAGAUAUGCCAGUCAGAUGGUCAUUGAUUUUUAUACUGAUGAAAUGCCAUUAGGUGGCUGAAGCCAUGAUAGUACUGGUCUUGAAAUGGAGACAGGAGUAUGAUUGUGCCAAAGAGCAAAUUUAGGUUCCUUCACAGGGAAAAGCUAAUUACAGUGACUGUAAGAGAUUUAGACUGCUGUUUACAAGAUAACUAGUAGAAAUUGGCGUGCAUGUAUAUUGUAUUUUUUUUUUUCCAGAGUUUUGCUUCAUUUAAAUUUUGGGAAUAAAGGUCGGCACUGUUUUAUGUAAAUAGCAUCACCUGGGCAGUUUUCGACAGUUAGUCAGUUAAUUUAAACUUUUUAAAGAAGUGUGACAUUCAUGUCUAAUCCAUCCUUUAUAAAUAAAGCUGAUACUGCAUGGA